GGCGGGGCCGGGCGGGACCCCCCGGGCCAGCAGGAUGGUCCCAGCAGCCGGCAGCGCUGCCCCGGAGCAGGAGCCCCUGCUGGAGGAUGCCGUGGGCACCGCGUACAGCCGGCAGAAGCCACGGGACCGCUGGCACGGGGCCUACCUCAUAUUUUUCCUCCUGGGCAUCGGGUCCCUCCUGCCCUGGAACUUCUUCAUCACGGCCAAACACUACUGGAGGUACAAGCUGCAGAACUGCUCAGAUGAGCCUGGCCCGGUGGGGCAGGUGGCCUCAGACCUGCAGGACUAUUUUGAGAGUUACAUCUCCAUUGCUUCCACCGUACCCUCAGUGCUGUGCCUGAUUGGAAACUUCUUGCUUGUCAACAAGGUCGCUGCCAGGGUGCGGAUCCUGUCGUCCCUCUUUGUCAUGCUGGCUGUGUUCCUGGUGAUCACGGUGCUGGUGAAGGUGGACACCUCCACCUGGACCACGCCCUUCUUCGCCCUCACGGUCGGCUGCGUGGCCGUGGUCAGCAGUGCCUCCACCGUCUUCUCCAGCAGCAUCUUUGGCCUCAGCAGCUGCUUCCCCAUGAGGAACCUGCAGGCUCUGCUCUCAGGGCAGGCCAUGGGUGGCACCGUCAGCGCCGUGGCCUCCGUGAUCGACCUGGCAGCGGCGGCCGAUGUCACCGACAGCGCCCUGGCCUACUUCCUCACCGCCGACAUCUUCAUCGUCAUCUGCAUCAUGGUGUACCUGCUCCUGCCCAGGCUGGAGUACUCCAGGUAUUACCUGAGCAGCCAGAAGGAGAGCCCCUCUCUGGUCACCGUGCCCCCCAACAGCUCCAUGGAGGACGAGGCAGAGGCAGGAGGCACCGUGAACUCCUACCUCCUCCCAAGAAGUGCUGGCAUCCCCCCACUCCGCCCCAUCCUGCACAAGACCGCCCUCCUUGGCUUCUGCCUCUUCUACGUCUUCUUCAUCUCCAUCGCCAUCUUCCCUUCCCUCUCCUCCAACAUCGAGUCUGUCAGCAAAUCCUCGGGAAGCCCAUGGAGCACCAGGUACUUCACACCACUCACCUGUUUCCUCCUGUACAACUUUGCUGACUGGUGUGGGAGGCAAGUCACUGCCUGGAUCCAGGUGCCUGGCCCCAAGAGCAAGCUGCUGCCUGUCCUCGUCCUCCUCAGAACCAUCUUCCUCCCUCUCUUCAUCCUCAGCAACUACCAGCCCCGGGCUCACAUCCGGACCGUGGUGUUCAACAGGGACAUCUACCCCGUGGUGUUCACGGCGCUGCUGGGGCUCAGCAACGGCUACCUGGGCACGCUGGUCAUGGUCUACGGCCCCAAAAUCAUGCCCAAAGAGCUGGCUGAGGCAGCAGGGGUGGUGAUGUCGUUCUACCUCGUGCUGGGGCUGGCUCUGGGCUCUGCCUGUGCCGUUUUCGUGGUGCACCUCGUGUAG